AUGGAAGCUGACGAUUCUUUUGAUUUUUUAUUUAAAAUUGUUUUGAUUGGUGAUAUGGGUGUCGGUAAAACUUGUGUCGUUCAAAGAUUCAAAAAUGGUACAUUCUUUGAAAGGCAAGGAACUACUAUCGGAGUGGAUUUUACGAUGAAAACUUUGAUUAUUGAAGGAAAGCGUGUCAAAUUACAAAUUUGGGACACAGGUGGCCAAGAACGUUUUCGAACUAUUACACAAAGUUAUUAUAGGUCUGCCAACGGUAUAAUUCUUUGCUAUGACAUGACUUGCCGCCAGUCAUUCGAGUCGCUUCAGCGAUGGAUUGAUGAUGUUUCUAAAUUUGCAGUGCCUAAUGUUUUUAAAGUCUUAAUAGCAACAAAGACAGAUUUAGAAGCAGAUCGAGCCGUUGAAAGUGAAGAAGGUGAAGAUUUGGCACAUCUGCAAGGGAUGUGUGGUUUCAUUGAGACCUCUGCAAAGAACAAUCAUAAUGUGGACAAUGCUUUUCUUGAAUUAGCUUAUCAAUUAAAAAGGCAUUAUGAGGCCGGUGCACAACUUGACACACAACAAGAUGGCUUUAAACUUGCAUCGCAAGGAACUACAAAUAUUUCUUCUAGGUGGUCAUCAUGUUGUAAUUUUUAA